AUGGAGAUGGAGGAAGGCGGCAAUUUCAUGCAUCAUUGCAACAACGUUUUCAACACCAGCGCCAAGCUCAGCAGUAUCGGCGCCAAGAUGGAGGAUGAGGACAUGGAGAUCUGCUUGUUGUGCAGUCUCCCCAAGAGCUAUGAGAACGUUGCUCUCAACUUGAGACGAGCAGCGCAGAACUGCGGUCGCAAGACGUCGUGA